UAUUUUUUUUUUCACGGGUACUUCAGCUGUCUAGAAUUUAAUAUUUCGCUUUUCCUAACAGUUAUUUCGACACAGCCUAGACUUGUAUGAACCUAGUUCGUUCCUUGUAUACCCUCUACAAAUUGUGAACUUUCACAUAAAUAUCUAAUCUUAAGCAUUGACCAUCUUUCGAUCAAGAUAUUUCCGUGUUAGCAUUCGGACGGAGAAAUCUUCGAAACUGAUGUCCGGGGGGUGUUAUAAAUUUGUAGAUUCAAACAUUUACAAACACAUAAAAAACCAAAUUUUCAAAAACGACAAAUUGAAUGUGAAUCAUAAAAUCUACAAAUACAACCCCCUUUCCUUGCACUAAACUAUAAUCUACAAAUACACCCCCCUUUCCUUGCACUAAACUAUAUUUGUAUCAUCUGGCGCAGGGCGCCUCGAGAGAAACAGUAGGCGCCGGGUUCCCAGUACACUAAGAAGGAACAGAGGGAAAGUGACCAUUAUGUGAAACUAUCCUUCUAUAUAACUAUCUAUCUAUCGAUCUAUCUAACCAGGAAUCAGUGUAAUCUCCAUGAAUAAGUGAUAAAGUGAAAAUGUGAUGUAACUGUAGUUUUGUGAUUUCAAAUUUUAAAAAAUCAGUUUAAUAUCAACAAUGAGGUGUAUAAAGAUUAUUUGGAUUGUAUGGAUCAUCCCUCUCCUCUCCACAAACAUUAUUUAUUCAAUCAGAUUUAUGCAGUCAAAUCAAUUCAGAGCAUCAGAUUCGUUGAACUCUGAUGUGAGAACUUCUUCCGAUAAUUUGAGAAGUGAAUUAUCCGAGGGACGGAAAUAUGAAACAAUUAAUCGGAAUUCUAACAAGGAAAAUAAGUUUUUAUAUAAAGAUUCCAGUGCCAUUAGAGAAAGUGCCAAAGCAAGGGAUGAAUUUAAACCAAUUCAGUUUCCUACUCCCCAAAGAUAUGAUGAGUCUAAUGUCAUGGGAAAUCUUGGAAAUCAAAUCCGUGAAAAUCCUUUAAAUCCGUCAUCCUACAAAUCCGCACUUACUGGUGAAAGUAGAUUUAGUUCAAAUCUUGAUAAACAGCUGAGCUCUCUUCUCGAACAGUCAGGAGAGUUUAACGAUUUAUACCAAGGUAGCGCAGAAGACGACUCCUCCAAUGUUGACCGAACAACAGAGGUGUUUACUCGACCUCCUAAAAGAGUUUAUUCCUCUACGAUGUUGACUACAUUCAGUAAAGGAUUUAGUGAACGCGAUAUUGAAGUGUACACCAGACCGUCAGUCAUUGAAAAGACCUCCGAAACCUACAUCUCUAAAACUGAACCUAGAGUAAGACACCUGGAGGUUUAUAACAAACCCAACCUUUCUCCUGGUACCUAUACACCCACUAGUUCUUCUCCAGGUUCUAGUUCCUCCUCUCCGUCCCGUGACCUGGAACCAUACUCAAUAUCAUCAGUACAACUUGGAACUAAUAAUAUAUCUGGACUGGAAACCCAUUAUAACUCCCUUCUAGAAUCUGCAGAUACUGGAUAUAUUUCUAAACUGUCCAGCUCGAUUGACCGGCCCAGUUCUCCUAGCUCGCUUGAACGACCUGCCUAUAGGUCCCGGCUCGAGCCAUAUUCAGGUGAAAGUGUAGAAGUUGAUGAAUUUGAAUUUUCUGGCGUCGAACUUGAAUACUCUACAGAGGAUACCUUAGCACACCCAGGUUCCAUUAAUUUCUCUGCUGAGCCUAUAUCCGCACGACUACCCUAUCUUCAACCAGAUAAAGACGAAAUAAAAAGAGAUCCUACGGAAGACCUCGAACACAAUGAUGAAAAAUAUGAUAAUGAGAAAAAAUGGAAACCAAAAAACAAAAUAAACAGCCGGGAUUUCAGAAAACGACCAAGCUACUCUAAACCAAACCGACCGUUGAACCAAGAGGAUUCAGUCACUUUUGGUAUUCUGAUAUCUCCUGAAGAGGGUACCGGAGAACUAGACUGUCUAGGACCUAGGAGAUCCAGUCUUAUAUCAAGUAUACAGAGUAUACUUGAACUAGAGAUGAAAGCUAAGGAAACCUUAGAACAAGAAUCUGGAAUUCAGAUGAAUGUAGAUGUAUUGGAUGAAUGCCUGGGUGCUGAAGAGAAGAGGAUUAACCAAAGUUUUCUCCUACUCAGAAACUCUUUGAACUCUACAUCUGACUUGAUUAAGAUGAAAGCAGGGCGAGAGAUACUUAAUGUUUCCAGGAAAAAUCAAAUUCAAGAGUUGGCGAAAGCUCUGCGGAAAGUUGGAAUUCAUCGUUUCCAUGUAAUCCGCAGUUCCGAUAUAUACUCACCAGAUACCCUUUCUGAUAUACUUAGUUUGAGAAAUGUUGAUACUAUAAUAGCUGAUGUUCAUGGAAAAGAACUUGAACUUCUCAUUGAACAACUGUCAGGGCUGGCUGAACCAGCUGCUCAGUUUACCUGGAUAUUUACCAGUAUUCUCAGUAGUGAGGUUCUCAUCCAGAUAGAACAACUCAUCUCAAGAACAAAGGUGAUGUCAAUAUUUCCUCUCAGUUCACGACGACUUCUGAGAACAACUGUUAAACAAAAGAAUAAUACUGGUAGAUUACUAGCUGUUGAAACGUCCCUGCCUUAUAUUGAAAUAUUAAAGCUACUUCAACUAAGCUAUAAUCAGGCCUGGAAAGAUGUGUGUAGAGGAGAGAAGGGAAUAUGUCAAUGGUUAAAGGAUCUAAGCUCUACUACCUACCUGGAGAAUUACUUUAACCCAACCUUGAAACAAAGAAGAGAGAGUACUAGCUCCUAUAUGCUGAUAGUUUACACUUCCUCAUCUACAGAUGAAAUAGUAGAUCUACAGAUUCCGGGUUCCACAACUGUUCCUUCUCGUCAGAAAACAACAGUUCGGGCAGUUUUCUCAACAGUUGGGAAUGGAACUGUGGCACCUAAAGUUAUUAUAUCAGAAACCGUCUCCACUAUUAACAUAAUUGAUGAAGAAGCCACUACUACUGUAGAGAGCACAACAAUGAAUGAUGAUGAUGAGGAUUACAUUACCGAGAUGGCGACCUCGUCCUCCUCCACCAUCACAACCACCACCAGCCUCACAACCUCCAACAUCAGUCUCCUAGACUCUAGUCUCUUAAACUCCAGUGUUCUUCCUGCCCCCCUAGAGCUUUACAAUAUACUGGAUACUACAACUGAGGAUUCAAGAUAUUCUGCUUGUUCGGAGUUUACUGCCUGUGUUAUUUACAUAUCCCAGAACCAUAUUGGACUGGAGGGGUCUGAAGAUAGAAUUCAUCAGAUGAUUGAAACUGAAACAUAUUCUACAAGAAGACCCGGCCUUAACAUUGGCAGUGUUCAUAUAUCAAGAGAUAUGCUAGACAGAUAUGAGUUUGCUGAGAAUGUGGUUGCCACUGUAUCCGUUGAUGAAAACACCUCCAUCAUUCAUCCUGAUAUUCAACAUUUUAACAUUAUCCAACAAGAUUUAACGGACACACACCAGGACAUACACACAGUCGCUAAUAUAAUUAGUGAUCUAGGAGUUGGGUUGGGUUGGAGUACUGCUGUUUUAGUUUUCUUUAAUUCAGGAGUAGGGGAGGAUGUAGCUCUAUCAGUUCUAAAUAAAGCAGAUCUGUGUAUAACAUCAGUUAUAAACCUAAACCUGAACUAUAUUGAAACACAAGAAUUUAAAAAACUAUUAGAUCUCUACAAGUCUAGUUCCAAGUUUGUGAUAAUAUCUGAGAGUCCAGAUCAAAUAUCUCAUCUUAUUGACGCUAUGGUGGCCAAAUCAGACGAAAUUGAGUUUUGGUUAGAUAGCAUAGCUUGGUCCUAUUUACAGUCCUCCAACAGUUUGUCAAACAUGGCCGAACAUCUUCCAGAUAUUGAUAUGAUGCUGAUAUCUGCUGAUGAAUGCGAAUAUUGUGAAUCUCUUGAGGAAACUCAACUUGUGAAGGGGCUGCGGAGUAUAUCCAGCAGUAUAAGUGAGGACCUGGAGUCUUUCUCCAAGCAGAUUUGUGAACCAGCCUUAUUCAACCCAACAGUUUGUAUUCAGGAGUUUCGUGCGGAAAUGGAUUCCUCCUUUAAUGAGAUAGAAUCAUAUAAUAUUCUUCAAUUAAACCCAUCCAGAUUUGUGAACAUGGAUGAGAGUUUGUUUAUGCUAGCAGGGGAUUAUAAACGAGAUUAUCUAAAUCUCUACAAUAAUUAUCCUUCUAUACAACUAGAGGAAGAGGACAGAUUGUGUAUAAAUUCUACUGUUGAAUAUGAUGACGAUUUCCUGAAAUCUGUUCUAGAGUCCAACCUACAGUCACUGUGGGGCAGUAUAGCUCUUGGGAUAUCCGCCUUCGGGAUGCUGAUCCUUGUUAUUACAGGCUUGUACACUGGGUUAACUAUAGCCAGGAAGGACAGAGCUGAUUUCACGGGUGAUUCAGAGCUACAAAGUCUUCCCCUUCAUUAUCUUCUUCUUCUUGGUCUUCUUCUUCUCUUCUCAUCUUCCCUUCCUCUUCUCUUCCCUGUAGGGAACCUUUCAUGUCUGCUUAGAACUUUACUGCCAGGAGUAGCCUUUGCUGUAAUACUGUCUAGCAUGCUGGUCAACCUUGUGUCUACCUGGAAACGAACUAUUUAUACCGUGAACCCAGCAGCUUCCCAGAUUUGUUUCUGUAUCUCCAAUCCAAGCUCAGAAUCCUCAGCCGGACUCUUGCUCUCAGCUUUCUGUCUCAUUUUUGUCCAGAUAAUUAUAACUGGAGUUAUCUUGGGUUUAAAUCCUCCUGUUCCUCUACUAGUUGACACAACAUGGAGAUGUCAGGCAUUUCAGGCAGAGGAGGCUGUCAUAUUUAUGCACAGUUGGCUGUUUGUUUUAACUUUAACCACUGUGGUGGUUGCUUUAGCCUGUCUUAAAUACUGUUCUUCUAACGGAGAAGCCAGAUGGAGCUUGCUGAGCUUACUUGGACUUAUCACUAUAUGGACUACUUGGGGGGUACUCAUCAAUAUACUAGACUACAAAUACAGGGAACCCGUUUCAGUCCUUGGUUUAGUAGUCUCAGCAUUGGUUGUUCUAGUCUGUGUUUAUGCCAGGAAACUAUACGAGCUCUCAGAGUUUGGUAAACUAGACACUAAACUAGAGUUAAUGUCAAACAUAUUACUCAGUGAGUCCCCGACACACUCUCAAUCUACUACCAGAUCUUACGGAACCAAUGUACUGCCAGGAAUUAUAGCGAUGCCUGAGUUUGAAGAUAACUCUAUACUUGGAGAGGAUAUUUACCAUGCUGUACAGUUUGAGGGUCGACAGAAUACUUCAGGACCGGUCAAUAUGAAGAUGUUUGAAGUAGAAGCAUACACUGACGACAGUGAGGACAAAGAUUUUGAGAGAAACUCUGGAUUUGACACGGAUACGGUUCGUAGUCCUACGAUAUCCCGGUUAUAUAAAGAGGAAGAUGAGGGAGGAGAGGUGGACAGUAUAUAUCAUACCAUCAGUCGAGGGGUCAGCUAUACACCUGUACUCAAGAAAAUAGGAUCUAGUGGGUACUUAGAAGUUCCAGUAUUUGUGAGUACCCUGAGCAAUGUUCAUCCCAACUCCAGGUCCUCGAUUCAAUACAGAGAAAACACCGAACCUGUAUUCACGAGGGAAACUGGGAGAGGAGAAGGAGAAGAGAGGUUCAAUUAUCUCUGGUUUCUAAACUAUUAG